UAUUGCGCCUCCCCAAUUACAACAACGCCUAACACUCCCCUCAGCGAAGUAAAGAGGCGACUUUUCUCCAUCCCAUCUCUCCCCUCUCCUCCAAACAUCAGUCCCUUAUUUCAAGUUUGGUUUUCUCUAACCUGUCCAAAAGGGUAGCUGUAGAAAGCUUUGGAACCUUUAGCUAGUACCUACCUCGACACAACCUUACUCCCACAUCUCCAGUACCUGCAGCAAUCGAUCCCGUGUCAAUCCCGAUUUGACGGCCCUCGUUCAUACUAAGGCACUGCGCGCGCAAACGUUGGAUCGCUUUUGACGGCAUCACCUUGCCCUCCCCAGAUUCAAACUCACAAUCCUACACAUGGCCGACGAUUUCGCUCCCCCGACGGGUCCCCCGCCUCCCAAGGCCCCCGAGGUCCCACCCGGCUGGAUCGCCCGCUGGAAUGAUCAGUACAAAGAAUGGUUCUACGUGAACCUCCACACCAAACAGUCACAAUGGGAUAAGCCGACCGAGCCCGCCGUGCCCCCUCCUCCGCCCCCGGCCGACGACCAACCGGGCGGCCCUCCCCCUGGCUACGCCCCGGGCCCCGGCGUGCCGACGCCCCCUGUAGACCAAAAGACCAACCCCUACGACCAGAAGCACAACCCCUACGAGAACCAGUCUUCGACACCCCAGCCCUACGGCGCCGGCGGCUCCAAUACUAUGAGUGAGGACGAGCGCCUCGCCCGCCAACUCCAGGCCGAGGAAGAGGCCCGCUCUCGUGGCUCGCACUCGCCCAUGCCUCCCGGCUACAACCUCCACCAGCAGCAGCACCAGCAGCCCCAAAGCCCCUUUCCCGAUCAGCUCCCGCCCCGCGCGCAGGAGGCUAGGGGCAAGAGCGGCGGCGGGUUCCUCGGGAAGCUGCUCGGCAAGGCCAAGACGGGCGGCAUGGGCGGCCUGGGUGGCUCGAGCAGCCACGCGCAGCCGCACUACGGCGGGUACCCCCAGCAGCAGCAGUACGGCGGAUACCCGCCUCAGCAACAGUAUGGCGGGUAUCCCCCCCAGCAGCAGUAUGGGGGUUACCCGCAGCAGCCAGGCUACGGCGCCCCGGGGGGUUACGGCAUGCAGGGCGGCGGAUAUGGCGGUUAUGGGCGCGGCAUGGGCGGAAUGGGCGGCAUGGGCGGGGGUCGGAAGCCCGGCGGCGGCGGUAUGGGUAUGGCUGGCGGCAUGGCGCUUGGUGCCGGUGCCGGACUGUUGGGCGGCGCGCUGAUUGCGGACCACAUUAACGACGAGCAGCAAGAGGCGUAUGCCGAUGGAUACAAUGACGGUAACGACGGCGACGACUUUGGCGGUGGUGGUGACGACUUUGGUGGCGACUUCUAGUCGGUUAGGUAGGGCCGGUUGUUGGUGGAUGGACGCAUUCCACAUGAGUUACUCGGAUGGGUCUUGCAUCACGCAAGAGACCGGAACACAAUAUGGAAAGACGGGCGGGUGAAGGGCGUGAAAUUUGUCUAAUAAUAUCUGUACGCUUGCUUUUUCGUCGUAGACAAAC